GCAGUUUGUUUUGGUCAUAUUAAAUCAUAAGUUUAGUUUAUUUCUAUUUUUAUAGAGAAAUACAGCUGUUCUUUACUUCUUUUUUGUUGGAAAUUGUUAAGUUGAGUUAUGUUUAUAAUAUAAAAAUCGAUUUCCAUCAUUUUUCCUUAUAAAAGUAGGAGAAUUCAGGAUAUUAUUUUCGUGACGACUUUAUUCAAUUAUUCAAUCAUAAAUUUUUCACAUUAUGAUGUAAAAAGGUCGUCUGAAAGAGAUACUUAUAAAGAACUGUUGGAUAUUCUAUUAGAAACACUUUGUUAAACUAUUUAAGGCGUAUUAAAUACUAAGAAUCAGCGAAAUCAUGUCCCAAAAAAAGAAAGUCGAGGAUGUCUUGCUUCUUGUUCCUCAAGUAAAAUACAAGAAAAGUGACGGGACGUUAUAUAUUAUGAAGGAAAGGAUUGUUUUUAUGCUUGAAAUCAAAGAGGAGAUAGCUGUAUCUCAUAGCUUUUAUGAUAUUAAAAUGCAAAAAAUAUCACCAGAACAUAAGCCUAAAAUUCAGCUCCAAUUAGUCCUGCAUGAUGGGAAUAAUUCGACGUUUCAUUUUGUGAACAAAAAUGGAUUACAGAAUCAAAUUCAAGAUAGAGAAAAAGUUAAGGAACUGAUACAGUCAAUAUUACCAAACUUUAAACGUAAAAUAGAUACAGAGCUUGAACAAAAGAAUAAAGUUCUUACUGAAAAUCCAAAAUUGUUACAACUUUAUAAAGAUUUAGUAAUAUCAAAAGUACUUACGUCAGAAGAGUUCUGGUCUAUUCAUGGAAAGGAUUUAGAUAAACUCAAAAAUAGCUCGUCCAAACAAGAAAUUGGAGUUUCAGCUAAUUUCCUGACUGAAAUCAAACCAGUUAAUGAUGGAUGUAAUGUUUUCAAAUAUAAUUUAACAACAGAAGUAAUAGAGUCGGUGUUCAAAGCAUAUCCAGCUGUAAAGAAGAAACAUUCAGAAUGUGUACCAACUAAGUUAAGUGAAUCAGAGUUCUGGACGAAAUUUUUCCAAUCUCAUUAUUUUCAUCGUGAUCGAAUUAUUACUGGAAUGAAGGAUAUUUUUGCUGAAUGUGGUAAAAUUGAUGAUAGUACAUUAAGGAAGGAAAUAAGAAGAAAUAUGAAUGAUCCAUUGUUAAACAUUUCAAAGUUUGGUGAUAAUACAAUUGAAGACGGAUUUUGUAGUUCCAGUACGUCAGAUCAAAAACAGGAUACAAAUAUAGUUCAUCAAUCUAUAAUUAAGCGCUUUAAUCAACAUUCAUUUAUGAUUUUAAAGACAUGCAAUGAGGAUAAAAAUCAUCAAGAAGAGGUAGAUAAGGAAAAGGAUAAAGACAAGAAUAGUUCUGAAAAAGAAUCAGGCAAAAAACAUAAAAUUGCUGAAGUUGAUGAAAUUAUAGUCGUAGAUGAGAAAGAGCAACAAGUAGCUAAGAAGCGACGAAUUGCAGAAAAGAUUACGUACGAUGAUCUUGGCGAUGAUACUAUAAAUUUAAAAGCCACUUCAAAUCGUGCUGCCAAUAUAAAUUUGGAUAAGCUUGAACGUUAUUUAUAUGGACCUAUGCCUUCAUCUCAAGAUAAUGUCGUACAUUAUAAUAAGGGUAAAGAGUUUUCACUAGAUGUUGUCGACCAUACAAUAAGGAAUAACUUUUCUGCAUGGAGUCAACGAAUAACGCAUAAGCAGCUUAUAAAUCCAAAUUCAGCAGUAAAUGUGUUAGGUGAAUUAAGUCCCGGCGGUUUAUUAAUGAGUGGAUAUCAAGACCAUAAUUUAUCGCAGUUUGUGCCGAUCGAUGUGGAGAAAGAAAUGGGCAAUCUAUAUUUAUCUGCUAGUGAGCUUCUAAAAGAAUUUUGGCUCUGCUUUCCGCCAAUAAAUGCUGAUUUGGAAGCGAAAGUCGUAAAGAUGCAUGACACAAUACAGAGAUUUAACAUGUCAAAAGUUAAGCCCUUUGAAGAUCGAAUUAUUCGAGAUUUAGCUCCACUCGGUUCUCAAUUAAUGUCUCAUCUUAAUUUACUUAUUGACACUGCUUUAAGAAAGUUUUCUAAUUGGAAAGAGAAAAAAGGCAAUAAACUGAAAUAGUGAAUGAGGAAAUUGUUCAAUUCCGAUCAAGAUAUACGGAUUCCUUUCCAAUAAAUCAAUUGUAAAAAGCAUCCAUAUAUCUCGAUACUCUCAGCUAUUCUUUUUAAUAUGUAACAAAUUUUUAUUGCAGUUUGUGCUUUUAAAUACAACUAUUGCCCCAACAACCGCACUGUCAAUAUGAACACAAAAAAAAAGAAAAGAAAUAAAGGCAAAACGUUAUGAAAAUAAAC